AUGACACCAACCCUCCAAGAAUCGGAGAAAGGGGAGUUGAGAAUCUAUAAAGAACUCGACCACCCAUUCAUCAUCAAGAUGUUGGCCGCGUUUCAAACUUCCAUCAGACUUUGUUUGGUUCUGGAGUUGGCUGCUCACAGGUCAGGAUGGCAGAGCUUCAUAGGUGUCUUCAUGAAAAAUCCAUCAUGCACCGCGACAUCAAACGGGAGAACAUCCUUCUGGCAACUGACGAUCACAUCGAUAUUUGGGCAUUCGAAAUCCUGA